AACUCAAGAAUACCUGAUGUUGACUUAUUUCUUUGCACUUUCUUUUUGUUUCAUUUUCAGCCGUCUCUGUGGUAGCCCUUGUCCAGCUGUAUGGCCUGAUGUUAUCAAACUACCCUACUUCAACACUAUGAAACCGAAGAAGCAAUAUAGAAGGCGUUUGCGAGAAGAAUUUUCUUUCAUUCCUUCAGCAGCACUUGAUUUAUUGGACCACAUGCUGACACUAGAUCCUAGCAAGCGUUGCACAGCCGAACAGACCCUACAGAGUGACUUCCUUAAGGAUGUUGAGCUCAGCAAAAUGGCUCCUCCGGACCUCCCUCACUGGCAGGAUUGCCAUGAAUUGUGGAGUAAGAAACGGCGACGGCAACGACAAAGUGGUGUUGUGGUAGAAGAGCCACCUCCAUCCAAAGCCUCUCGGAAAGAAACUACCUCAGGGACAAGUGCUGAGCCUGUGAAGAACAGCAGCCCAGCACCACCUCAGCCUGCUCCUAGCAAGGUGGAGCCUGGGGCUGGGGAUGCAAUAGGCCUUGGUGACAUCACACAGCAGCUGAAUCAAAGUGAAUUGGCAGUGUUAUUGAACCUGCUACAGAGCCAAACUGACCUGAGCAUCCCUCAGAUGGCACAGCUGCUUAACAUCCACUCCAACCCAGAGAUGCAACAGCAGCUGGAAGCCCUGAACCAGUCUAUCAGUGCCCUGACAGAAGCCACUUCCCAGCAGCAAGACUCAGAGUCCAUAGCCCCAGAGGAGUCUUUGAAAGAGGCACCCCCUACUUCUAUAGUCCUGCCUUCAACAGAACAGACAACCCCUGAAGCUUCAAGCACACCAGCUGACAUGCAGAAUAUGUUGGCAGUUCUCUUGAGUCAGCUGAUGAAAACCCAGGAGCCAGCAGGCAACCUGGAGGAAAACAACAGUGACAAGAAUAGUGGGCCACAGGGGCCCCGAAGAACUCCCACAAUGCCACAGGAGGAGGCAGCAGAGAAGAGGCCCCCUGAACCCCCUGGACCUCCACCGCCGCCACCUCCACCCCCUCUGGUUGAAGGCGAUCUUUCCAGCGCCCCCCAGGAGUUGAACCCCGCCGUGACAGCCGCCUUGCUGCAACUUUUAUCCCAGCCUGAAGCAGAGCCUCCUGGCCACCUGCCACAUGAGCACCAGGCCUUGAGACCAAUGGAGUACUCCACCCGACCCCAUCCAAACAGGACUUACGGAAACACUGAUGGGCCUGAAACAGGUUUCAGUGCCACUGACACUGAUGAACGCAACUCUGGUCCAGCCUUGACAGAAUCCUUGGUCCAGACCCUGGUGAAGAACAGGACCUUCUCAGGCUCUGUGAGCCACCUUGGGGAGUCCAGCAGUUACCAGGGCACAGGGUCAGUGCAGUUCCCAGGGGACCAGGACCUCCGUUUUGCCAGGGUUCCCAUAGCAUUACACUCGGUGGUCGGGCAACCAUUCCUGAAGGCUGAGGGAAGCAGCAACUCUGUGGUACAUGCAGAGACCAAAUUACAAAACUAUGGGGAGCUGGGGCCAGGAACCACUGGGGCCAGCAGCUCAGGAGCAAGCCUUCACUGGGGGGCCCCAACUCAGUCUUCUACUUAUGGAAAACUCUAUCGGGGACCUACAAGAGUCCCACCAAGAGGGGGAAGAGGGAGAGGAGUUCCUUACUAACCCAGAAACUUCGGUGUUCUGAAAGUUUCCUUCCCUAUCCAUCUUUUCAUCCAGUCCUCUGAACCUUUAAUGAAAUCACUUGCCAGAGUGAGGUAAUCAUCUGCAUUUGGCUACUGCAAAGCUGUCCGUUGUAUUCCUUGCUCACUUGCUAUUAGCAGGCGAAUUACAAAUAAUGAUGUGGGCAUCAGUUCCCCCUGGAUGGGUUAUAGCCAGAACAUGUACUUCAACUCUGCCUAGGAGAUACAGUAGAGAAUAUGGAGAGGGUCAUUAAAUUGAAAAGUCAAGGUUAUAUUAGUUUAUUGCCUGCAUUUCUUGAGCAGAAGAGAGAACAGUUUGUUUUGAGAUGGCUCAGGAGAGGCUCUCUUUGGUUUUUAAAGUUUUGGGAUUUUUGGUUGGUUGGAUUUUUUUUUUUUUAAAUGGUUUCUUUCUUUUGAAUUUUAAUUUAGAUUUUUUUCCCCUUUAAAGAGAAUAGUGUUCACAAAAUUUGAACUGUUCUUAGGCUUUUGCUAGAAGGAAAACAGUGGUCUGGCUGAUUUAAAUAAAUGUUUCCUUCCUCUCCACAUCUCACUAUUUUUGCUUUUAAGUGAACACCCCUCUCCCCCACAAUUGAGCAUCUUGACCGUAUCUUUUUUCCAAGUAAAUUACUCAUCCUUAAAGUUUAUUACACUUUGACAAAAGAUAUGCCCCUUUCCCUGCACAUAAAGCAGGUUGUAGAAAGUGGCAUUUGGGGGCAAGUAGGUAAACUUGCCCAGUUUCUUUCCCUCCAUCUCUUGUCUCUACCUCUCCCUCUCUGGCCCCUCCUUCUCUACCUUCUCCAUCCUCCUCUGUUUUUGAGGCAUUUGUUUGGAAAAAACAUCGUUGAGAUGCCCAAGAACCUGGAAUUUUUUUUUUUUUUUUUUUUUUAAUAAAGGAAAGGAAAUUCAAACUCCUACAUUGUUCUCUGUAACUCUUCAAUUCCAAAAUGUUUUGGUUUUUUUUUUUUUUUUUUUUUAAAAAAAACAUGUUCUGAUGGGGAAAUUGAUUUGUAAAUGUGGAUAGCCUAGGACAUUGCUCUGAGCUGUGGUUAUAAAGAUGAUGCCUCCAUAUACCUAGAGGGCUAAUGAGAGCAGUUAGUUUAUUGUUUACACAUAUAUUUUUAUGUCAAAAAA